UCGUGUAGGCUCAUGGGUGAUCUGUGUUCGUGUAGUAUUUCUCUUCCGUGCUUUCCUUAACUGCUAGUUCACGCCAUCGCAACCCAACCAAAUCGCUCUUAGAAAAGUGGCAGCCACUACCAUCUGCUACAAAUUCGCAUCGCGACGGCAUGGAUAAUCGGAAGGUUAUCGUCUGCGACAACGGAACUGGGUAUGUGAAAUGUGGAUUCGCCGGGGAGAAUUUUCCCACAUCUGUGUUUCCUUGUGUGGUGGGGAGGCCUCUGCUUCGCUACGAAGAAUCGCUCAUCGAACAGGAGUUGAAGGACAUUGUUGUCGGAGAAAGCUGUGCAGAUUUGCGUCAUCAACUUGAUAUAACCUAUCCAGUUCACAAUGGAGUUGUCCAAAACUGGGAUGAUAUGGGUCAUGUGUGGGACCAUGCCUUUUUCAAUGAACUGAAGAUAGAUCCAAAAGAAUGUAAAAUUUUGCUCACAGACCCACCUCUGAAUCCUUCAAGGAACCGUGAACAAAUGGUUGAGACGAUGUUUGAGAAGUACAACUUUUCUGGGGUCUUCAUUCAAAUCCAAGCAGUUCUAACUUUGUAUGCUCAAGGUUUACUGACCGGGUUAGUCAUCGACUCCGGUGAUGGUGUCACUCAUGUGGUUCCAGUUGUUGAUGGUUACUCAUUUCCUCAUCUUACAAAGAGAAUGAAUAUAGCUGGGCGACACAUUACUUCUUAUCUUGUCGAUUUACUCUCACGGAGAGGGUAUUCGAUGAAUAGGUCUGCUGAUUUCGAGGCUGUUAGGGAAAUUAAGGAGAAGUUAUGCUAUAUAAGUUAUGAUUACAAGAGGGAAUAUCAACUGGGGCUUGAGACCACCAUUCUUGUCAAGAACUACACUCUUCCAGAUGGAAGGGUGAUCAAAGUUGGCACCGAACGUUUUCAAGCUCCCGAGGCGCUUUUUACACCAGAACUGAUAGAUAUUGAAGGGGAUGGCAUAGCAGAUAUGGUUUUUCGUUGCAUUCAAGAAAUGGAUAUUGAUAAUCGGAUGAUGCUUUACCAGCAUAUCGUUUUAAGUGGUGGGAGCACAAUGUAUCCAGGAUUGCCUAGUCGUUUGGAGAAGGAAAUAGUUGAGCGCUAUCUGGAAGUGGUGUUGAAGGGAAACAAAGAUGGUUUAAGGAAACUGAGAUUGCGCAUAGAGGAUCCACCAAGAAGAAAGCACAUGGUGUAUCUGGGAGGUGCAGUCCUAGCAGGAAUAAUGAAGGAUGCACCUGAGUUUUGGAUCAGCAGGGAGGAUUAUCUAGAAGAAGGUGUUGGUUGUCUAACAAAAUGUGGGCAGGCAUGAGUUUUUGGGAAUCAGUUGGUUCUUGUUUCCUCUCCACUUUACCUCCAGUUUCUUUGGUUUCAGAGUUGUAAUGCAAUCACAACCUGUUUUGAACUCAAACAUCGGCGGCUACUAAUUUGUUCUUCAAAGACUCAAUUCAGUGUCAGUUUAUUU